AUGAAGCUCAACUUGGCAAACCCGUACACGGGUAUGCAGAAGACCAUGGAGGUCGACGAUGAAAAAAGGUUACUCCCCUUUUAUGAGAAACGUAUGGGGGCUGAGGUUCCCGGAGAUUCGCUCGGUGAUGAGUUUAAGGGAUACGUUUUCAAAAUAUCGGGUGGUAACGACAAACAAGGAUUUCCGAUGAUGCAGGGUGUUCUCACGACUGGCCGUGUUAGGCUUCUUCUUAAAAAGGGAAUGAAGUGCUACCGACCACGUAGAACUGGUGAAAUGCGCCGUAAAUCGGUACGUGGUUGCAUCGCUUCACCAAAUCUCUCCAUCCUCAACUUGGUUGUUGUUAAGAAGGGUCCUCAGGAGAUCCAGGGACUCACCGAUGAGGACAGACCCCGCAGACUUGGUCCCAAGAGGGCUUCCAAGAUCCGUAAACUAUUCAAUUUAGGCCCCAAGGAAGAUGUCCGUAAAUACGUCAUUAGACGUAAAAUCGAAGGACGCAACAAAACAAGGGCACCAAAGAUCCAGAGACUUGUUACACCCCAAAGGAUUCAAAGGAAACGCAGACGUAUCGCUCAACGUGUGAAGCGUGAGCAGACAUCGCGAGAGAAUUUGAAGGCAUACUACAAGAUGAUGGAGGAAUACAAGGCCUCCAAGGGAGGCAAAGCUGCGGCUGGCACGCCUACUAACAAGGAUGCGACCAAGAAGACUGUAAAGAGCGCAAAGAAUUGA